GGCAAAUCGACAUCAACGACAGGAUGUUAUAAGAGGACUAGUGAUGCAUGAAAUAGAAAAUUAAAAGAAUGCCUAGCAUUUCUUUUAGUAUAAAUUAAAUUAUGUUACGACGGGUUAACAAAAGAAAACCCAAGACACGUCCAAGGUCCUAUUUUUAUAACAGUACAUCUGAUGAUGAUAGUGAUUAUGAAGCUCCUGUACCUGUCCUUAGAGUUCGCCAUAAAGUAAUCAAUAGAGGAAGAUGGUUAAAAGAAGAGGAUGAGAGAUUAAAACAUUUAGUGGAAACUUAUGGAGAAAGCCAAUGGGAAAAUAUUGCAAGAUUGUUUCCUGAUCGGAGUGAUGUACAGUGUCAACAAAGAUGGUAUAAAGUUGUGAAUCCUGAACUUGUGAAAGGGCCUUGGACUAAAGAAGAAGAUGAAAAGGUUGUUGAAUUAGUGAAAAGGUAUGGACCUAAAAAGUGGACUCUCAUUGCAAAACAUUUAAAAGGCAGGAUUGGCAAACAAUGUCGAGAAAGAUGGCACAAUCAUCUAAAUCCCUCCAUAAAGAAAACUGCUUGGACUUUAGAAGAAGAAAAACUUAUUUAUCAUUACCAUAGACUAUGGGGAAAUCAGUGGUCUAAAAUUGCUAAGCAGCUUCCUGGAAGAACGGAUAAUGCUGUUAAAAACCAUUGGAAUUCUACCCUUAAGAAGAAGGCCAUAAGAGCAGAAACUUUUGUCAGCCCCCAUUCUGGAAAAUUAAAAAAAAGAAAAUAUGUUAAUCAAACUACCCAGACAUCUAAAUCAAAACAGGAAAAUACUGUUGGUCGAAAAUCUGAUGCUACAACUACUGCAAUGGUACCAAUUUAUGGCAAGGAUUCUGCAUAUGUGUCAGAUUCUGGUGAACAUCCACAUUUAGAACAAUUUUCAGUUAAAAUUGAGCCGUAUGAGGACAAUGAAAGCCAAGUUCAAAACUUUAAGAUUGCUAAUGGAUAUUCGCAACUGAUCUUGAAAGAACACCCUGCCUAUUCGAACAUAGAAUUCAUUCAAGAUGAUCUUGAUGUUUCACCACUGAGUGCUGAUGUGGAGAAUCUAGAUGUAUCGGAUAUCAUAAGCAAUGGAUCAUUUGCCGAUCUAUCUAUGUCUGACCUUGUCAAUGAUGCUGAAUUAAGUCCCCCUGUAACGCCUAUAAAAAAUUCUCCCGCUGCACCUAUUACAUAUAGUUUUGAUGGAAGUAUUUACCAAGCAUUGAAACAAGAAUCUUUAAAAGAUGGUUUGAUACCAAUACCUUCACCAGUUAUGACAAAACUAGCUUCUCCAAAAUCUAUUAAUUCCUUUAAACAGAAAAAUAUUCAGUCAACUGCUCCUUAUGCAAUUGAUGCCGGUCAGCCAAGUUUGAUGAACUUUGUAUUGGAUGCUGAACAACAAAUGCAGUUAUUGAAUUUUUUGCCCCAGGAAACAAAUGCAGCUAAUAAUAAUAAUCAAAUCACAAGCAUUGAAUAUGCCAAUGCUGAAGCUGCUGUGAAUGAUAUUCUUGCUUGUAUGCCGCAAAUGAAUUUUUCGCCCUCGGAUAUUGUGAUCAAAGAGGAACCUAUAUCUUUGAGUGAUAUAGAAGGGCCAAAUUCUGUAUCAAUUCAAGAGUAUCAAGAACCUAGUGAUUUUGAUGCCUAUUUCUUGAAUACUACUCCAAUAAAGGGCAGUACUCCAAUUAAAGCUCUUACAUUUUCUCCUUCCCAGACCCAUACUGCUUCACUGCAUUUACUGCAAAUAGUUCGACUAAAGCACUUUGAUAUGUUUGUUGCAGUCAUACUUUUACCUACAAGAUUCAAUCAAUUAACCCGUUCCGGGACGAACGAUGCAUCUUAG